AUGACGACCAAAAGAGCUGUCUUGAUUGGCAUCGAUGAGUAUGAAGUCCAAGGACAGGAUCAGCAUCCAAGGAAAGACACUAGCGGGAACGACGUCGAAUACAGAAAUCUGCGGGGCUGCGUCAACGAUGUACUCGCCAUUCGGGAAUACCUCAUCCGUACCUUGAAAGUUCCUGCUGGCAAUAUUGACACUCUACUCGCGCCUGUUCUAGGAACCACGAGUCCGUACGAACAGAGCAGUGAGGUUCACAAACUACCGACGUACAAGAAUAUCGUUGGCGCCUUACAGAAUCUUGCUCGGACAUCUGCCGCAGGGGACAUUAUCUACAUCCACUAUUCUGGACACGGAGCGUGUGCUACGACAGUUUUCGAAUCUCUGCGACAGGGCCACGGAAACAUUGAUCAUUGUCUUGUGCCCUGGGAUAUCAAACAAGGUGGCAAAUAUCUCAGGGAUCUAGAACUCGGCGCUCUUUUGCAGGAAAUCGUUGCAAAAGCUGUGGUCCUUACAGUGGUACUCGACAGUUGCUUCUCCGGCGGUGCUGUGCGGGGUGAAGAUGAUGAUGAGGAAGUUGAAGGGGUCCGUGGCGUUCGGGGCACUUACCUGUCGGACCAAGAGAUUGAUGUUCCUGACAAUAUGGAUAGAGUACAACAUUGGGCUGGCAAGGCUUCCUGGCUGGAGUCGCCGAGCGGAUUUGUGACUCUCGCGGCCUGUCUUGAUUACCAAAAGGCAAAGGAAUAUACCUGCAAAACAGCCACCGACAUCUACAUCCACGGGUAUCUCUCCUAUUGGCUGUUAGACACGCUUCGAAACACGUCUACACGGCUGUCUUCUCGUGCCAUUUACGAUCGAGUGCGUUCAAAGAUAGCGGAAAAGGUGGCCUCCCAAACGCCUUACAUUAUCGGGGAUCUGCGUCGGUUCUUCUUCGACGAGGCUUUCAGGUCUAGAGUCCAUACCCUCACAGUACUUCACGUGGACGAAAAGCAAAGGCAGUGGCUGCGCUUAGAUGGCGGCAGAAUGGAUGCAGUAUACAUCCAUUCCGUCUAUGCCAUUCUUCCUCUCAGCUUUGACCCCGCCACGCCGAUAUCAGAGUCAGACAUCCUCGCAAAAGUACGGAUCGAACGGAUGAAAUCGCGAGAGUGCCGUGCUGUGUUCCUUCAGCCCGAAAGCAUUACGGAUCUGCAAUGGCAAAAGCUUGACGUCGGAUGUCCAGCCGUGUUACAAAGCCUGCCUCUAGGAGGCACAGCCGGAGUUCGAUUCAUCGCUAGCAAUGAAGCCCAAGCUGUCCAGUUUCCACGCGACUGGGAUCAUAGCUUGAAAGGGAGAGAGAAAUUAUGCUUAUCAACUGACGACGACGCUCAGUUCCGAGUCCAGUUGGACCAUGAAGGGUGCUAUCAGAUCAACUGCGUUGGUGAUAUCUUCCCUGCAUAUAUCUCCAACACCCUGGCUCCGCUUAGUGGAGAUAAGCGCAUGCCCAAGCUCAUCUCUCGACUAGAACACAUAGCUCGGUUCAAACUGUUGAGAGGAUUGGAGAAUCCACACAUUCGUCUUGGCAACCUCCCAGACCUUGCAUAUGUCACUCUCGAGCCCUCACCAGACGGCGAAUAUGCAGACACUGAAAAGUCGAUUUGGAUACCUGCCGCUCAGAGCAUUGGCUUGCAGCAAGACGGUGUAUAUCGUGUGCAACAAAAGGAACUGUUCCGCUUCAAAGUCACAAACAACUCCGAUAAUACCAUCGGUUGCGUCAUACUCAAUUUCAAUCCUGAGAUGGGCAUUUCGGUCAUGCACGAAAACCUGUUCCACAGUAUUGCGCCCCACGAUCAACUCGAUGUAGAUCUCUUUGUAGGGAUUUCGGAUACUUUGCAGGCUGCUGCUGCACGUGCAAUCCCGAUUGUGGACACAUUCAAAAUAUUCGUAUCUGUUCCAGAGAAGGAUAUGAGCGCCAUGGCGUUACAGAAAUUACGAGUCGCUGAAGAUGAAGGUUACUGGAGAGGAAACGAGUCGGCUGAGAAUUUGGACGAUCUCCUGCAAGAGCUAGCGCCUCUUUGUCGCGAUGGUGCAUUUCCCCUUUCAAGACAGCCAAAGAUGGACGACGAUUGGCAAACAUUUGAUUUCCAUAUUCAAGCGCUGGUAUAA